GCCAUGGGCUGGGAUCUGAAUAACUCAACUGAUUACUGGAUGGAGGAUGAGGAGGAUGAUCUCAACUCAGUUAUAGAUUACAAUACGUAUGAGUUCCUCUGUGAAAAAAGUGAUGUGAGAAACUUCAGUAAAGUAUUCCUCCCCGUGUUCUAUGCAGUGGCUUUCACUCUUGGAGUUGCUGGAAAUUCAUUAGUGGUUGCAGUUUAUGCCUAUUGCAAGAAACCGAAGACUAAGACAGAUGUGUACAUCAUGCAUCUAGCCAUUGCAGAUCUGCUCUUGCUCUUUACUCUCCCCUUCUGGGCUGCAAAUGCAGUGCAGGGAUGGGAACUUGGAAACUCAAUGUGCAAGCUUGCAUCUUCUCUGUACACCAUGAAUUUCAGCUCUAGCAUGCUGUUCCUGGCCUGUAUCAGUGUGGAUAGAUACAAGGCCACUUCUGAAUCCCAGGGUCACAGAAAAAUUGGUCAACACUGCAGUGUUACCUGCAUCUGUGUCUGGCUGACUGCCAUUUUCCUCAGUAUCCCUGAACUGAUAUUUAAUCAAGUCAAGAAACACAACGAUAGGAAUGAAUGCUUUCCUGUAUUUCCAAUGAACAUGGAAACACUCUUAAAAGCAACCAUUCAAAUCCUGGAAAUUACCCUGGAAUUUCUGCUUCCUUUCCUAGUAAUGCUGGUCUGCUAUUCAGCUACUGCUCGAGCAAUAUUUAGAUCUGCAAGUGCUAAAAAGUCUCGACCUUUCAUGGUCCUGCUGGCCGUAGUGACUGCUUUCAUCAUUACCCAGCUACCUUACAACAUUGUCAAGUUCUGGCGAGCCAUAGAUAUCAUCUACAUGUUGAUCACUGACUGUGAGACAAGUAAAACCAUAGAUGUUGCACUCCAGGUCACCAAGAGCAUAGCUUUGUUCCACACCUGCCUGAAUCCUCUUCUCUAUGUCUUUCUGGGAGCCUCUUUUAAAAUGCACGUUAUGAAAAUUGCAAAAAAUUAUGGAUACUGGAGAAAACAACAACAGAAUGGAAGACCUGAAGAGAUUUCUAUGAAUUAUGAAGACCAUACUGAAGAAACAACUAGUUUCACUAUCUAG